AUGUUUAAGAAAAAACCUGGACUUAUUUAUAAGCUUUCGCUUCAUUCAAACUUUGAACUUGUUUUCUUCAUUUCAGUUAUAAUUUCCGCCUGCUGGGUAGCUGGUGGCGGGGUGGGCUUGCUCCCACUGUUCGGGUGGCACCGCGGCUACGAUACCAACUCCACCCCGGGGUGCUACUUCGUGGAGGUUAUGGACUACAACUAUCUGCUAUUCCUCUACUUCGCCACCAUCGUGACCCCGAGCGUACUGCUGGCGGCCUUCUACGCACACAUUUAUAGGGUUGUUGUUAAACAGAUGAGCGCGGUAGUGACCGUGGAAGGAUGCCACGGGCGAGGCACCAUGUUACGGGUUCUGGGGGCAGCCCAGAAGCGAGAGGUCAAGGCUACCCAAAAUCUCGCAAUCAUAGUCUUUUUUUUCAUUGUCUGUUGGAUACCGCUCUAUACAAUCAACGCGAUCAAGGCCUUCAUGCCAGAGUUAGAUAUUCCUAAUCCGCUCACUUACUUUUGUAUCGUAUUUUCCCAUCUUAACUCAGCGGUGAAUCCACUAUUGUACGCAUAUCAUCUAAAAGAUUUCCGAGCAGCCUUAAAAGGUCUAAUUUGCACUGUGUUUGGAAGGGGAGUUCCGCUACCUGCAGCGUACAGACCACCAGUGCCAGUUAGAAGACCUGCAUUGGAACGAUGUAAUGCUUUACGUGAGCGACCAAGGGUUUACGUAAACUCCCCAGUAUGGCUGAGACAAAAAGAGGCUGAAUUAGUAGCGAGCCAGGAAAGGAGUAAGACAGUUACUGCAUCUCCAGUGAGUCCAGACUUAGAACCGUUUUUGAAUAGAAGUGUAAAUGAAAAUUCCAGCGGAAGACAUACUCCGGAUGGCCGUGAAAGUAAUAACGGACCAUAUCUCAUAGACGCUAGUCAAGUAUGCCAAAGUCCAUAUAAAAAAGUAGAAGAAUUCAUCCGUAGGGUGCGAAGCGUCAGCUCUGAGCACAGCUGACAUGAAGCAAGCCGGGUGCCCUCGGCUUAUAGUGUGACAUAAUCAAAGCUUUAAUUUACUUUAA